AAGAAGAAAAAGAAAAGAAGACAGAAACGAGAAUAAAAAAAAAAAGCCUGCAAUUUUUCGGCUCCACUUUUUUGUAUCUGUAAUAAUCCAUUUUUUGGGUCUCCGAUUCUGAGGAGGUGUUUCAAGCACCUCUUCGGAUUUUCCUCUCCGUUUUCCGUCUCUCAAUUUCUCAUAAUCUCUAAUGGCGUCGGAGAAUGUCACCGAUAAAAAUGCCGUUUUCAGAAAACUCAGGGCGAAAUCGGAGAACAAGAUGUGUUUCGAUUGCAACUCGAAGAACCCUACUUGGGCAUCGGUUACGUAUGGGAUAUUCCUCUGCAUUGAUUGCUCGGCCGUUCAUCGCAGCCUCGGUGUUCAUAUCAGCUUCGUCAGAUCCACAAAUUUAGAUUCAUGGUCUCCUGACCAGUUGAAAACGAUGUGCUUUGGAGGAAACAAUCGUGCACAGGUUUUCUUUAAGCAGCAUGGGUGGACUGAUGGGGGCAAAAUUGAGGCCAAGUAUACAUCAAGAGCUGCUGAUUUAUACCGGCAGAUACUUUCAAAAGAAGUUGCUAAAAGUAUGGCAGAAGAGGUAGGCACACCGUCAUUGCCUGUUGCAUCCCAAUCAGUGCAAGCAUCAAAUGGGCUUGCCAAUAUCAAGACCAGUGAAGCUCCAAAGGAGAACUCCUUAGGAAGACAGGAGGCACCUGAGAUCUCUGCUUCACCCAAAGCUUCUAAUACAGUUAUUACCAGUUCUGUGAAGAAGCCUCUUGGUGCAAGGAAAACAGGAAAGACUGGGGGACUUGGAGCUCGGAAACUUACUACAAAGCCAAAUGAAAGUCUCUAUGAUCAGAAACCAGAAGAACCAGUUGUUCCAGUUGCCACGGCAAAUAACAGCACUCCAGCAGCAGGAUCAUCUUUUGCAUCCCGGUUUGAGUAUGUAGAAAAUGUUCAAUCUGCUGAGACGAAUUCUGGUGGUCCUCAUGUGAUUAGCCAUGUGUCUCCACCAAAGUCAUCAAGCUUCUUUGCAGAUUUUGGUAUGGACAGCGGUUUCCAAAGGAAAACUGGCUCACAUUCUUCAAAAGUGCAAAUUGAGGAAACCGAUGAAGCCAGAAAGAAGUUCUCAAAUGCGAAAUCGAUUUCAUCUGCACAAUUCUUUGGAGAUCAGAACAAAGCUGAUGCUGAUGCUCAAGUCUCCUUGCAAAAGUUUUCAGGUUCGACUGCCAUAUCUAGUGCUGAUCUUUUCGGUCGCAGCUCGGAUGAUACUGCGCUUGAUCUUACAGCAAGUGACCUCCUUAACCGAUUGUCUUUCCAGGCACAACAGGAUAUCUCUUCCCUUAAAAAUAUGGCGGGCGAGACCGGGAAGAAGCUUAGCUCCUUGGCAUCCACUUUAAUGACAGAUCUUCAGGACAGAAUCCUGUGAUUUUGAUAUAUGCUUUAUCUGCAUUUCAUACU